AUGGCCGAAUACUCAGCAACCGUGUCCAAGCCCACAUUGGGUGUCGCGCCCGGGGAUGCCACCAGCCAUCAUGUCAGGGAUUCCAAGGGUAAACUCAUCGGGUUCCAGAACCCGCACCCGUCUGCCGGUGUCCUGCGCAACACCUUCCAGACAGUAGGCAAGAUGUUCUUGUCAAGGCUCCAGGGCAAAAUGCCAGCUCCCGACUUGUCAAAUGUUCAGAUUCCCGUCAUCAAGCCUUACUUUUUGGAAGAGAAGUCUGAGGCGCAGCACAGCGACACCAAGGCCCUGCGCGCUACCUGGCUCGGCCACGCAUGCUAUUAUGUCGAGUACCCCAACGGCCUGCGUGUGCUUUUCGACCCCGUCUUUGAAGAUCGCUGCGCACCCAGCCGUUACCUCGGCCCCAAGCGGUACACCCAACCGCCGUGCAGGCUGGCCGACAUCCCCAAGCUGGAUGCCAUCGUCAUUUCGCACUCGCACUAUGACCACCUGUCGGAGCCGACCGUGCGCGAGCUCGCGGCGAACAACCCGGACGCGCACUUCUUUGUCGGCUUGGGGUUGGCGAGUUGGUUCCGCGACACGGGUAUCGACAAGGUGACGGAGAUGGACUGGUGGGAGGACGCCACCCUGACCAUCAAGAAGCCUAGCACUUCUGACGGCAAGGAGACCAUGGAAGAGAUCGAGGCCCAGGUCUCUUGCCUGCCAUGCCAACACUCCUCCGCCCGCACCGGCUGGGACAAGGACACCACUCUGUGGUGCUCAUUCGCCAUCAAGUCAGGCGGCAAGUCAGUCUGGUUCGGCGGUGACACGGGCUACCGCGCCGUACCGGAGAUGCCGGCGGAGGAAGACGACUACGGACCAAAGUACGACUCACUACCCCGCUGCCCUCAUUUCAAACACAUUGGUGAGCUGCGCGGGCCCUUUAACUUGGGUCUGAUUCCCAUUGGCGCGUACAGGCCCAGAUGGAUGUGGAGUGGCUUGCAUUCGAACCCAUAUGAUGCGGUGGAGAUCUUCAAGGACACCAAGUGCGAGAAGGCCAUGGCGAUCCACUGGGGCACGUGGGUGUUGACCAUUGAGGAGGUGGAGGAGCCGCCCAAGUUGUUGAAGGAGGCGUUGAAGACGAGUGGAAUGCCUGAGACGGGAGUGUUUGAUAGCUGUGCCAUUGGCGAGACCAAGGAGUUUUGA